GGGUGUGGCGGCGAGGAAGCGUCGGGGUUUGACACAGUUUGCCGUUUCGUUGGAAGCGUGGGCGGGGUAAAACCCCGAUUUAUUCACUUUUUUUAGCGUGUACUUGAACGCAUCCGGAGAGCAGGUCACUCGGCGGACGAGUUGAGGGCUGGGACUUGAGCGACUUGAUUCGGGACACAACCGUAUCGAAAUUCUCCCGUGAACCCAAACGUCACCGAAAAUGCGACCACUUCGCUAAAGUCAAAAGUGCCGUUGAAGUGGUGACGUUGCGGCGAGUGACGAAGGAGGAAAAAGAAGAAGAACCCGAGACCGGAGCGCUUCUGAUGUAAUUCCAACUGGCCGCUGGACCGCCGAGAAACCAUCUGGGCCACCAGCAACAGCGUCUACGAUGGCCUCGCUCGCGGACGGCGGCGUCCCCGCCCUGGGCUCGGAGCUUCCGGCCAUGUUCGACGGCGUGAAGAUGGCGGCGGUGGCCACCGUGCUCUACGUCAUCGUGCGCUGUCUCAACCUGAAGAGUCCGCCGUGCCCCCCGGAGGUCUCCCACCAGGACACGCCGCUCACCCGCUACCUGCUCAAAUGCUGCCCCUUGUUGACCAAAGAAUACAUUCCGCCCCUGCUGUGGGGGAAGAGCGGCCACAUCCAGACGGCGCUGUACGGCAAGGUGGGCCGGGUGGGCAGCCCGACGCCCCGCGGGGUCCGCAAGCUCCUGCCCAUCCACGACGGGGCCACGGCCAGCUUCGACCUCUUUGAGGCGCUGGUGGACCACUGCACAGGAGACGACAUCACCAUGGUCAUCUGCCCCGGCAUCGGCAACCAUAGCGAGAACUACUACAUCCGCACCUUCGUGGGUCACUCGCAGCGCCAGGGCUACCGCUGCGCCGUCCUCAACCACUUGGGAGCCUUGCCCGACAUGGAGCUCACGUCGCCGCGCAUGUUCACCUAUGGUUGCACGUGGGAGUUUGCGGCCAUGGUGAACUACGUGAAGCGGACCCUCCCCGGCACGCUGCUGGUGGUGGUGGGCUUCAGUCUGGGGGGCAACAUCGCGUGCAAAUUCCUGGGCGAGAACCCGUCCAAUCAGGAGCGAGUGCUGUGCUGCGUCAGCGUCUGCCAGGGUUACAGCGCCCUCAGAGCGCAGGAAACGUUCCUUCAGUGGGAUCAAUGCCGCCGCCUCUACAACUUUGUCCUGGCCGAAAACAUGAAGAAGCUCAUCCUGUCGCACAGGGAGAGCUUGCUCAGCGCGGCCUCCAGCAACAUCAGCGACGCCGACCUGAGCCGAAUGUGCGCCGCCACGUCUCUCAUGCAGAUUGACGACAGCAUCAUGAGAAAGUUCCACGGGUACACUUCCCUGGAUGAGUACUACAAGCAGGAGAGCUGCGUGCGCUACAUGCACAAGGUCACCGUGCCGCUCCUGCUGAUGAACUCCUCGGACGACCCGCUCGUGCACCGCUCCCUGCUCGCCAUCCCGCGUGCGCUCUCAGAGAAGAUGCCCAACGUGAUCUUCGCCCUGACUCAGCACGGCGGCCACCUGGGCUUCUUCGAGGGGGCCGUGCUGUUCCCUCAGCCCCUCACGUGGAUGGACAAAGUCAUCGUGGAGUUCGCCGACGCCAUCUGCUGCUGGGAGAGCGGCCGGCCGCCCGACCCGACCAAAAACCGGCCCGACGUCAGUCGGGACCGACCGGCCUCCUCCUGGCCUUCGGUUUCUGCAUUAUUUCAGUGCGACCGGUUAAAAUAGGAGAACCCCCCCCCCCCCCCACCCAGCAAACCCCCCACGACAAAUCCGUCCAUUGGUUUUAGCGCAUAUCCUCGUCAUGGUCACGGGUCAGUUGAAGCCUUUCAUAGCUGAUGUUGGUACGAGGCGGGGUACACACCGCGGACUGCUCAGUUGUACGGCACAUUUACGUGGGUAUAGAAAGUCUACACACCCCCUUCAAAUGCCAGGUUUUUGUGAUACUCAAAAAAUAUAGUUUAGCUGGUCUUGCAGGCUUUUCUUGACAAUUUUCUUUUGCUUUAUAGCAGAAACUUGAAGGGGGGGUGAGUUUGCUAACAAUGACUGCUUAUUUGAACUGAUCGUAAUUUUUUAUCUAAGCCCAAAAAUUACAGCUAUUUUUUUUUUUUAAUUUGCAAAAAAAUACCUUCAUUUGAACACGGGUGUGUAGACUUGUUACAUUCACUGUAGCCCAGGAGCUUGACGUCAUUUCCAUUUGGGUAGGAUUUGGCACCACCUUGUAGGAUCUGAAGGUAUAACAGAAAAUGCACCAAAAAAAACCCCACAAAUAGCUAAAUUCAUUAAAGGUGAAGUAUCAAUAUGCAAAGGGUUUAUUUUAAGAGCAAAUAAAAAAGAAACGCCAAUCCGGUUUAAUGGUAAAAAUAUCAAAAUAAUAAAAGUCUUAAUGAAGGAUUAGUACAAAGCAUCAUGACUGUAUACCUCACGUUUAUAUGAAUAUAUAUGUUUUCUAAACCCUGAACCGAAACCAGCUGGGAAAGUCUUCCCAAAGCAGGAUGAUACGGAUUAAUGAAUGCAUCCUUUAACGAACGCUGCUUUGAGGUCUGAAAUUCUGGUGCCUGUUUUUUUUUUUUUUUUUUUUUUUCAACUUUGAGACCUCUGGGUCCCUUGUUGGUCCCACUGUACUUUUGCUUUGUCUACUGUAUGUGAUUAUUAUUUUUUUACUGUUGCUGCAGAUUCCUCAUGCUUAAAAUGUCAGAAUAUGACGCCGUUUACAGAGAUUUCUGGCGUUUUAAAAACUCCCUCGAUCCUGUUGAGUGGCUUUGCACAUUUUUUUUUUUUUAUACGCCGAAGACUGGAUUGGUAUUACGCGAUUUAUUGCAGGUCAUCAUUUCGACUGCACUUUACAAGUCUCGGCGCAACUGUUGGGGAAAUCGUUAACGUUCUUCAUAAUAAAAAGAAAACAAAAACUCAUUGAUCUA